ACAACGGAAAAAUCCCAAAAUCUAAGUGUACGUCUCUUCCUUCCAUUUGAGGGAAGCCUGUCUAUUGCGCCACUGAAGACUUCCGCAAGAUCGCACCUUUGAACUCCAUUCUUUAUUUCUAGCUUUAAUUUAAGCUUCCCUCUUCCUGCGGACGAUCCGAGUGAGAAAAUAUCUGGUUUUAGGCUGACUCUUCAGAAAUGAUGGAAGCUGGAAGUAGCAAUACUAAAGGCAGUGAUGCGGCAGAGCUGGUUCAAGUCAUCACUGAUGUACCAGAACCACCGCCAUCAGUCAAUACUGACAGCGGGUAUGCUAUUGACGUUAAGGUCAUUCUAGACUCCAAGGAGGAUAUAUGUGAAAAUAAAGAAUUGUCGUCUUUGGUGAAGGAAUGCUUAGAGAACCGCAGACAGAUAUUAGCGGUUUUUGAAGACCUUCAGAUUUGCUUGAAACGUGCUCGAAAGAAGCAAAAGAUUGUUCAGCGUGCAGUUCAAAAGUUCGAGAAAGAAGUACUGGAUGGGGGAGAAGAAAGGAAUUUCGGGAAGACAUUGGACGAACCAAACAAAUUUACAGCUGCUGAGAAGCCAUUUGAGGGGGACUUCUCUGGACGGUUUUCGUCUGUGCGUGACAAGCGGGUCUCGUUGUUAGAGAAAUUGCUACAGCAAAAGGAGGUGGUGGAUAAGAAUUUGAAAUCAGUGAAAACAUGGAGGAAGGUGUCUAAUAUCUUGUUUGUUACCCUGUUUGUCUCUACAGCGGUUUUCUCGGUGGUAGCUGCUGCCAUUGCAUCAUCACCUGUAGUAACAUCUGUAGCAAGUACCUUGGUAGUUUCUGUUGCUUCACUCGGAAAAUGGUGUAGCUGGCUUUUGAAUCGUUAUGAGAAAAAAUUGGAAUGGCAGAAGGAGUUGCUUACAAUGGAGAGUGUUACUGGUGACCUUACAAUUAAGGGCACAGAGAAGAUACGGGUACUUUUGAAUGAUGCUAAUUCUGCACUUGGAGGACAACAGCCAGUGGAGGGUGUUAUUGAUGAGAGAAGAAAGAAAUUGGAAGAGUUCAAGAAAACCAUUAAGGAAUUGGGUAAAGAAGCUGCAAAGUGCCACCAGGGAAUACAGAAGGCAACAACAUUGAUUUUGGAGAAGAUUACAAACCCUAGCCCUCAAUUUUUCUUGCUUCCUUUUGCUUUGCCGCCAGCCACUCUCCCAAAAGCUCCCAAAAUCUUUUGAUUUAUCUCUAAAUCCAUUCAAAGUUUGGAUAGAUCACAACAACACAAGAAGAGAUUUUCGGAUUUGAAGUCCUUAUCAAGAGUCGCAGAAGAUUUUUGAAGUCGAUUCAAAUUGGGAGUCCUGAUAUUUUAAAGGUAUGAAUCUAGCCUUAAAAGAGGGAAGAUGUGCAAAGAACUAGAUUAGUUUUAGAAUUUCAAAUUCUAAUAGGGCUAGAUUAUUCUCUGUAAUUUUAGGGAUUGAGAUAAGAAUUUAGCAUUAGAAAAGGGUUUGGGUUCUCCCUGUUUCUGUAUAAAAGGGGAAGCUUCGGCUUUGAGAGGGGAGGUCGAAAAUUGGGGGAAAAAUUGAGGGAGAAGGGGAGAAAAUUGGUGAAGCUCAAAAGGAAUAUUGGAGAGAUCGAGAGGGAGAAAGAGAGCAAAGAAGAAAGGCAAAUCAGAAACUUGUACUUGGGGUUCAAGAAAUAAAGUCUUGAUUUUCCUAUUUUUCUGCAGGUGUGCAUCAUUCUUAAUUUGUUCUUCUGCGAUUCCUUUUUGUUAUACUCUGUUCUUUCUUCCUCUCUUUGGAGAUUGGUAGUUGCUUGAUUUCCCUUUCAAAUUGUUUAUUUCCAUGUUUUGCCUGAAAUUAAUCUUGAAUAAAAAAAAUAUAUCUUGGAAUAUUAAUUGUUGGGAAUUCUACCAGUAAGGCAGAAUCUUGUUGGGAGAAGUCAGUUUGUUUGUUUUUGUUUACCCAUAAAGGAUUUAUUUUUCGGAGAUAUUAUCAUUACUUUAAGAGAUGCAUCAGGUAAAAAAAAAAAAGAAAGAACAAAAAUGAGCUUUCUUAAUGGCUGGGUUUUAAAAAAAAAUAGAAAGAAAAGCAAGCAGAGACGAAAAGAGAGUAGGGGAGGAAACAGUGCAGAAAAAGGAAAACAAAAAAAGGCAACCGAGAAAAAAAUUUAAAAAAAAAGGAAAAGAAAAAGAAAUGAUGACGGUUUCU